UGGAGGGAUAUGUGAUUCUGUCUUCACCUUUGCUCUGAACUUUUAUUCUCGGUGGAAACGAAGUCAGUCCGGAUGUUUAAAGACUCGUGGGAACUUCUUCUGCGCCUGGAAUAUUUCCUUAAUUACAAUAGAUUCUAGAUUCACGAAGCAGGACUGACUGAAGGUAGAACUCGCAGCGCAAAAUGUGCGAAAAAAGCGGCAACCACUUUGGAAAAGACGUUCUUCAGACAGAGCAGACAAAAACCACAGAUGCAAACUUUGAUCACGUUGAAAUCUCCGAAUGCAGAUACACGAACACUGUAUGUAACACUCGUUUAUACCGGAGGCGAUGGCUCAUUUUGUGUCUCUUUAGCUCUUAUUCGCUGUGCAACGCGUUCCAGUGGAUCCAGUACGGAAUCAUCAACAACAUCUUCAUGAAAUUCUACAACGUCUCUUCAUUCGCCAUCGACUGGCUGUCAAUGAUCUAUAUGCUGACUUACAUCCCCUUCAUAUUUCCAGUGGCAUGGCUGUUGGAGAGGAAGGGGCUGCGGGUGGUCGCCCUGUUCGCAGCCUCGAUCAACUGCGUGGGAACGUGGAUCAAAGUGGCCAGCGUUCAGCCCAACCUGUUCUGGGUCACGAUGCUCGGACAGUUCGCCUGUUCCUUUGCGCAGGUGUUCAUUUUGGGAAUGCCGUCUCAGGUCGCGUCCGUGUGGUUCGGAUCUGAUGAAGUGUCCACCGCCUGCGCCAUCGGCGUGUUUGGAAACCAGCUUGGCAUUGCUAUUGGUUUCUUGAUCCCGCCGAUACUUGUGCCCAACGUGGAUGACAUGAAUGAACUGGCUCAACACAUCAGCAUCAUGUUCUACAUCUCAGCCGCUGUGGCCAGCCUCAUCUUUCUGCUAGUCGUGUUUGUUUUUCAGGAAAAGCCUGAAACCCCUCCGUCUCUGGCUCAGGUGGCGCUCAGAGACAUGGCCACCACACAGUACUCGUACCUGGCUUCAAUUGCAAGACUUUUCCGCAACAAGCCCUUCAUCCUCCUCCUCAUUAGCUACGCUCAUCGAGGAUCUCCUCCUGCGGCAAACGGAAUUACUUUCCCGGUUAGCGUGUCUCGAGCCUGUGGGUAGCCAGCGGCUUUUGACUUUGGCCUUGGAUGCAGUCGAUGUCCCUAGUUGGGACUCUCCUUCCUGGGCAUCUGUUGUCAAGGGCCGUAAAAGAUUUUCCCUUCCUUUCUACGAUUCGUCUGGUAUUGGUGGUGAUGACAUGAUCUCAUUGACAUCCCACUCACAAACUUUUUUCUCCCUUAGAUGAGCUUCCUCAGGAGCCUGUCCUCUCUCCAAUUUCGUCUACUGCUCACGGUCCGAUACAUGUGUGGCCGAUCAUCAGAAAUUGCCCUACUUUUUCUAGUUUAAAUUGAUCGGGUUCGCUAUCUCCUACACCAGGCCCUCCCGGGUGCAAACGUCCCCGUUUGUCACUUUGUCGAUUGGAAUCCGAAAAUCAGCACCACAAGGCGGCAGCUCCAGCGACAACCCACCUGCUACAACUCUAUUGCCUUCUUCCUCGCAAGCAUCAGAUCGGGUUGAUCACUCAACUUACUUGCACUCUGUUAGCUUGACAACGACUGGUCACAAAUUCAGAUCUCAGCUUUCAA